CGUGCGCUCAUCCCUUGCGCUUCUGUCGUAACAGGCUAGCUAGGCUAAGCUAACAGUGAGCUAAUGACGUGAAGGUUAGCUGUCCGUUCGACGCUAACUCGGUGACGUAAAACGUCAAGUUGAAGUCAUUCAUUUGUCUGACGUCUUCCUUGCUCAUUUCAGGAAGUACAUUUUUGUUUUUCUUGAGGCGUUUUGUGAUACAGUAUUUGUUUUGUGCAGCGAGGGGGACAUACGUGUGUGCAACCCCAGGACGCGAGGAUAACUCGGCAAAUCGUAGCUCACCUGGAUCAACAGAGGAAGUGUUCCAAGUCGAUGCUUCACUGGGGCUUCUAAGACGUUUCCCUCAGAGCGACACCUGGUGGCCAGUUGCUGCUUGGAAAAGGCGCGUCGAGCUUACGGCGUCUUUCGUCGGCAUCGCGGAUGGCGCGGCACAGCAAGCUGCAAAAGCAGGUCCUGGCGCUGUACCGACAGUUCCUCCGGGCCGGGCGGGACAAGCCGGGGUUCCUGCCCCGCAUCCGAGACGAGUUCCGGGAGAACGCCAACAUCAAAAAGACGGACGUGAUGCACAUUGAAUAUUUGUACCGGCGAGCUCAGCGGCAGCUGGAGCAGCUCAAGGACGUCAACACCAAACAGCUGGGAACCUUUACCAAAGGCAAAUAACGCUGCUGACCGCUCGCCAUCGGCAAAGACAAACACCGAUUGACUGUUAGAUGCCGUUUCAUGACAUUAACAUUUGCACGAUAAUGUCGCGUGGCUGCCAAAAUCUCGUUUGAAUUGUGUGUUCAUAUUUUGUGUUCAAAUACGUCACGUCAAAAGCA